AUGGCUGUACAAUAUAACAAAGACGAGACCCCUAUGGCAGAGCUCACAGGGGCAAUCGUCCCGGACUCUGCCAAAUCCCCCAACGCCGAUCAUGUUGAAGACCUGGAAGUGAAAGGUGCACCGGCUCCAGAGUUCACCCCAGCUGAGCAGAGACGAAUCAUUCGACGCAUCGAUAUCAACCUUCUACCAAUUCUGGGGAUAAUGUAUUCGAUUUCCCUGGUCGACCGUACGAAUCUAGGAUUAGCAUUAGUUGCUGGUAUGCAAGAGGACCUAGGGCUCGCAGUUGGCGAUCGAUAUACCAUUUUGGUGAUGGUGUUUUUCGUGGCAUACAUCCUGUUCGAAAUUCCGAGCAAUUUCAUCUUGCCUAGAGUUGGACCAGCGAACUGGCUAGCUUUCUUAGGUGCAUCGUUUGGCGCAAUCCUGAUCGGCAUGGGAUUUACCUACCAUUGGGGUACCAUGGCCUUAUGCAGAGCUCUUUUGGGAGUAUUCGAAGCGGGAUUUCUUCCUGGCUGCACAUACUUGAUCACUUGCUGGUACACACGGUUUGAAGUUGGCAAGCGGAUGUCUGCAUUUUGGAUUCUUUCAGUUCUUGCGAGCGGAUUCUCUGCCAUCCUCGCUUAUGCCUUGACGUUGCUGAGUGGGCAGCAAGGGCUUAAGGGAUGGCGCUGGAUCUUCAUCAUCGAGGGUGCCAUAACGGUCGCAGUAUGCCUGAUCGGGUGGUUCAUCAUCGUUGACUUCCCAGCAAAGGCCCAUAAACUCCUCAAGCCCGCUGAGCGACAAUUCGUUAUCAACCGCCUUAACGAGGACCGAGGUGACGCUGAAGAAGACGAAGUUACUACUAGCAAGAUAUUGCACCACCUCAAAGACUGGAAGCUCUAUUUUUGGGCUUUCAAUCUCAUGGCGUCAACUCUGCCUGGGUACGCGUACUCAUACUUUCUCCCCGUUAUCCUCAGAGACGGCAUGGGCUACAACCGGGCAAUGUCUCAGCUCCUUAGCGGGCCUCCGUAUGUUCUGGCCGCCAUCGUGGCUGUUGUCUCUGGGUGGCUCGGCGAUCGCUACAGAAUCCGAGGUCCAAUUAUUGCAGUGCAUCAGAUCCUGACGGCAGUCGGCAUGCUGAUUACUGCUUACGCGAAAGGGAACGCCGCUCGCUAUUUUGGCGCAUUUCUAGGGAUUGGAUUCCUACAAUUUUGUGUCCCGGGUGUUUUGACUUUUCAAGCUAACAAUAUCAUGUCUCACUCGAAGAGGGCCGUUGGUACUGCCACCUGUCUCAUUGGUGGCGGUAUUGGUGGGAUCAUUGCAAGCUCCGUAUUCAUUGCGAAGGAAAGCCCACACUACACGACCGGUAUAUGGGUAACAUUUGCCAUCUCCAUGGUUAGUGUGAGCAUGAUUACAAUUCUUGACAUCUACUUGUGGAAGCAGAAUAAAGCUGCCAGAGCUGGCAAGGUCUUGAACCCAAAUGUGGCAGGAUGGUUGUAUACACUCUGA